AGAACUGCUACGGAAGCAACCAUCAUGGCCCUUGUCCUUCAAGGCGCAACCUUCUUGCACCAAUACCUCGGGUCGCUGCUUCAUACCCACCCGAGCAAGUCCGACACCGCACUGAAGUUGGGCGUCUUAUCGUCCGCCCAGAUCAAUCCCGCUGCUAUCAUCCGUCCCGUGGAGACGCACCCCGAUGUGAUCCUGUACCGCAUUGCAUCGCGGGAUGCGUCCACCGCCGCCAAGGCCGCGAAGCAGUACCACUUUGCCAAAUCCAGUGGCUCCUACCAGGAACUUCUGGAUGACCCCGACGUCGAUAUCGUGUACAUCUCCACCCCGAAUGGCCUGCACUACGAGUGGGCAUCCAAGGCCAUUCAGGCCGGCAAGCACGUCCUCUGCGAGAAGCCGUUCACGGCGAAUGCCUCCGAAGCUCGGGCGCUGAUUGACCAGGCGGCGCAAAAGGGGGUCAUCAUUGAGGAAGCCUUCCACUGGCAAUUCCACCCCGCGGCGCAUGUGUUCCGUCAGAUCCUGGAAGCUGGUCCGCAUGGCCAGAUCCUCCGCACGGAGGCGAUCAUGACGGCGAGCCCGGGGGUACCCAAAGGGGAUAUCCGGUGGCAAUAUGACUUGGCGGGUGGUUCCGCCAUGGACAUGACCUAUGCGCUGUCCUUCACGCGGUACGCCCUCCGCGCCCAGCGCCCGCGCACCGUCCAUUCCGUCACGGCGCGUCGAUCGGCCGAGGAUCCCCGCGUCGACGAGGCCAUGUAUGCGUAUCUGACCUUUGCGGAUCCCAGCGGCCACGAGGUCCACAGCCGCAUCUACACGGACAUGGCCCGCGACUGGGUGGGUGGGGUGGUGCCCCGGUUUUGGGAGCUGCCCUCCAUCGAGGUGGAGACGGAGAAAGCCAUCAUCGUCUUCUACAAUGCCAUGAUGCCGCAUCUGUAUCACUACAUCGCCGUCACGGACAAGACGACCGGCAAGACCCGGUAUCACCGGCAGUAUCGUGGGGGGCCGCUGUGGGGGAGUGUCCUGACGAGCGUGGGCAAGGGCGGCCAGUCGCACUGGAGUACGUAUCGCUGGCAACUGGAGGCGUUUGUGGAUGCCGUGCGCGGCAAGGCCCCGGCGUAUUGGAUCCCGGGCGACGAGAGCAUCUGUCAGAUGGAGUGCAUUGAUACGAUGUACCAGGCGGCAGGGUUGCCGGUGCGGGGGACGAAUGCUGACAAGGGGGACUGACGAGGUUGAAUGGGGAAGUGUUGAGACAGUCAG